UAGUCAUGUGUGACUUAACUAUUUGCAGUAGUGAUGAGAAUAAGGGAACAAUCGUUAGCUUUCCUGUAAUGGUUGAUUGCUCGUUGGCUGUUUGCAGAGAAAGAUUGGCAUGAUUUACACUCGCAGGCUCAGCUCACUGUUACUAAGAUCGACAGCAAGCUGAAUCUUUUACACAUUUUUCAAAAGACAGUCGUAGCAGUUGACGGAUAUUAGUUCUCAUUAACUGUCUGUCGUGUGUGAUGCCAUAUUUAGCGACCCGCAUGGCUGUGAGGUGUGUUUUAUGUCACGGUUAACCUCUGUGUCACCCUGCAGUGAGGAACAACCAGCACAGAUUUAGAUCAUACAUCAAUGAUCAGCCCUUUUCAAAAUAUGGGAUAGUAUCUCGUGAACAUCUUCAUCGGCAGUAAACGAUGGAUAACAAGGAACCUAAGACAUGCCAACGGGAGAAGCCUUGCACUCCUGUGGAUGAAACUCUGGAUGAAUAUUUAAUAGCCCUCCAGCACAAAAACAGGAUCUUAAAGCGUCUCAAAGUGAAAGACCCCAGGGACAUUGAGUUGGAGCGGCUUGAGCAAGGUUUUUCUAUUUAUCUUAACGGAGCCAAUGCCGAAUGCAGUCAGAAGCACAUCAAGGACCCCAACAACAAGUCUUGGAGGCAUGCACAUACAGCCGAUGUCUGUAGAAGCGCCCACCAGCUAACUGAAGGUAGUCGUAAUCUGGAUCAGACCAGCAGGAAGAGGAGUCAAACUGCCCCAGAAAAGGUCCACAGGAAAGAAUGGGUUCAGGAUCCUGUUAAAAUUCAAACAGAGCAUGGCACAAGUUUGCAAAUAUUUCCAGAAAACCGCUACUCUGACGAUUUUGAACCCUAUGAAAGCGUAGUUAUGGAGAGCUCAAGUCUACGUUCACCACGCAGUCCUUGCUGCCAGCGAGACGUGUGCAAAGUUUCACGCUCCUUCAACUGCAGGCCAGAGAGCCAAGGAGGUCAAGCAAACCAGGAGCAUGCUGAGAAGGUCCUCCUCAAUCUUGAGGAAGUAAAGGUUUUGCGUCGAAGUCUAGAGGUUAGCAUGCGACGGAGCAGUAGUGGCUCAGCGGGGGAGGAGUCCGAUGAAGAGUGGGUAGAAGAGCAGAUAGAGAGGGAGGAGAGCACUGAGAGUCUGGAUGAACUAGGAUUGCCUCUCUCCUCCUCCAAGUCCUCCUCUAACUCUCGGCCAAAAGAGACUCGCAGCCCUUUUGACUCAACAAAAGUCAUUGUUCUGGACUUUGGACCCACACCUAAAGGUCGAAAAAUUGAACGUUCCCUGUCUGCAAAAAGGAAAGAAAGUUUUGACACUUUUAUACCCACAAAGCCUAUGUUGGUGAAGAGCAAAACAUUAGACAGGCCGCCUUCAAAAGAGAGCUGGGAUUGCCAGAGGCCAAGGAGUCAGGUGGAGAGGCCCCUCUCCGCACCUAGAAAGGCUUCUGUUGAAGAGCCAGACUCAGAGGAGGUUGUCCAAAGGGUGCAUCAAGCCAUGAAGAGAGAAAACACUCUUAUGCUGAACGCUGAGCUCUUCAGUCGCAACACGGCUCAGAAACACCAGAAGCACCACAACAGUCAUGAUAAGGAUGAAAGCAAUGUCAGUCUGGCAAUGCAGAGAAUAACACUCAUGGGUCCUAGACAACAACAGACGCUGCUGAAAGCCUUGGAGGAACUUGAAGUUGGACCCAGCCACAACAUUUCUCACAGUGUCAAAACAGAUUACAGCAACCAUCCUAGAGGACAGUUGUCGGCAGAGGUCACUCCUGCUUUGUACGUUACCAUGGAGAUCCUGUCAAACUGGGGGAACAAGCUGCAGGUUGGGCUGACUGAACUGCAGUUUUUCUGCCUCAGAAACAAGAAGUUCUAUGUAUCGCCUCAUGAUAUAGACAUCAGGAAUGCUGACUACCCAGGGAAUCUGGGAGUGCUUGUCAAUGGAAAGGUGAAGACCACCAAGGAGCGCCACAUGUGGACCUGUCCCUUCCACCCUCCCAUUCAGCUUUACUUCAUCAUCAGAAAUGUGGAGCGCUCCCCAGAUUUUGGGAUAUCUUGCAUCAAAAUCUGGAAUUACAACAGAAGCCUCAAAGAGCUUGACGUAGGCACGCGCCAUAUAAAGCUGUAUCUUAACAGCACAUUGGUGUUUGAAGGUGAGCUGGAGAAGGGCUGCGGCAACCACGUCUUUGACUACAGCAAUACAGUCAAUCUCCAGGAUUUCAAGCUCUCAGACUCCUUGUUCGCCAGUCCUGUGUCUUCUGGACACAAUCUGAGGGGUGCGAGCCCCCAUCGCCAUGAAGAGAGGAAGGGAGGAGAGGGCAGCAGCAUCCAGCGAAACCAGAGUUCUAUAGUACUGUCAGACACAGCAGGACAGACUAUGGUAGACAUGCAAGAGAAAUCACAUACACCGCUGCCACCCAUCGCUCCUUCUACUAUUCGUUCUUCCAUACAACGAAACUCUUUUGAAUUUUCCGCCUCCGAAGAGCCUCCCUCUCUCAGGCAGGAGGUGGAGCAAGUUGCACCGACGGAGCACACAGUCACCACCCAGCCAUCCUCCUUUCGGAUUGCUCCCCAGUGGCUGCAGCCCCUGAACAGAAGUGUUCCAGAGGGCUGUGAGGCCACCAAGGAGAGGCCUCGGUGGCUGAUACCUCAGCAGUCUACAGAGCCCAAACAAUCAUCAGCUUCAUCCUCUUCCAUGCUUUCAGAACUGCCCUGCAACCCAGGCAGGGUCUGCAGAGGGGUGGAUAGGACACUGAAUGGAGGUCAAAGGAAGGCAGGUUCUUUGGACCUGAGCUGCGACUUGCUGGAGGAGCUUGGAGAACAAAAUCCAGACAGGCCCGUCAGUGGACGCAGGAGUUCCUUCCGAAAUCUGUCGGUCACCGUUAGGCAAAACGAGGAACAACUGCACAGAGUGACAAGCAACGAGUCUAAUGUUUAUUUUCAAGAGGAGCCAAUGUCUUUGGUGAACACAAGCAGGAGGCAGAGCAGUUCACGAGCCCAGCUGCACAGCCAGCAGGAUGACACCCUCAUGGAAUCAUGGGACUCUCUCAUUAAGUUCAAUAAAUGUCAGCGUGGGCGCAUCUCAAACAUGGGCUUUGAAGGUGAUAUCUUUGAUGAAUUCCUUCAGCGGCAGGGAUGUGGUCCUCCUUCAGACCCAGUCAACACCUCCACUUCCCCCAGGAACCCACUGUCUUCCCUAAGCAGCCAGGGGCCACAGUGUGAAGGCCCUGAUGAUGAUCCAUCCAUGGAGAGAGAAGAUGACUUUGAGAUCCCAGUGUUGCCACUGGGUCAAUGGUUGGUCAUCAACAUCCUGUCCACAUGGGGCGAUCGCCACUAUGUGGGUCUCAAUGGCAUCGAGGUGUUCAGCGCUAGCGGGAAGCCUCUUCGACCCGCUCAUAUCCGCGCUGACCCUCCAGACAUCAACAUCCUCCCCGCAUAUGGUAAGGAUCCACGGGUAAUCACCAACUUGACUGAUGGCAUUAAUCGCACUCAGGAUGACAUGCACCUUUGGCUGGCACCGUUUACCUCUGGCCGAAGCCACACCAUCUUCCUGGACUUUGGAGCCCCCUACCAGAUUGCCAUGAUCCGAGUAUGGAACUAUAACAAGUCCCGCAUCCAUUCAUUCAGGGGUGUGAAAGAGGUGGAGAUGCUGCUGGAUGGAAGGUGCAUCUUCAGAGGAGAAGUUGCCAAAGCCUCUGGAACGCUCUCUGGAGGAUUGGACCAGUUUGGUGACACUAUUCUUUUCACCACUGAUGAUGAGAUUCUGGAGGCCAUGUCUUGUUAUGAUGAAACCUUCCUUGGUGAAGGUGAGAGUCCUGAGAGCUUGGUGUAUGAGGAGGAGCUGCAGAGGCCUCGCACAGCUGAUGGUGAGGGAGACGAGAGACCUUUCACACGGGCUGGUUUCAGAGAGGAAGAUCUUGCUUUGAAACUACAACUCAAUCCCACUGUGAGCCUAUCUGAGGAGAGCCUUGAACCUGUUUCUGGGAUGUACACUGGAAAGUGCCUUAGACUGCAGCUGAUGAUGACUUGGGGUGACGCCCAUUACAUGGGCCUGACAGGUCUGGAAGUGGUGGGGAAGGAUGGUGAGAGCUUACCUUUAGAUCUCAGCAUGAUGGCUGCUUCACCAAGGGACCUCAAUGAGCUACCUGAGUAUGGACAUGACCUGCGGACACUCGAUAAGCUCAUUGAUGGCCACAACAUUACCACUGAUGACCAGCACAUGUGGCUGAUUCCAUUCUCCUAUGGAGAACCCCACAUCUUGAACAUUACCUUCAGCAAGGCUCAAACCAUUGCUGGUCUCCGUAUCUGGAACUACAACAAGUCGCCUGAGGACUCGUACAGAGGGGUAAAAAUUGUCCAUUUGUUCAUGGAUGAUGUUGCCAUCUCCCCAACUGAUGGAUUCCUGAUCAGAAAAGGACCAGGCAACUGUCACUUUGACUUUGCCCAGGAGAUUCUUUUUGUCGACUUCCUUCACACACCAACUGAUAACAAGAGUAUCGAAGAAUCCCCCAGAGGAGGCACUAAGAAAAGAGAGCAGGCCAGCAUGGAUUAUGAAGCUCCCGUCAUGCCUUGUGGGUUCAUUUUUCAGCUGCAGCUGUUAACAACCUGGGGAGACCCAUACUACAUCGGUCUGAAUGGCGUGGAGUUUUACAACCAGAAUAACGAGAGGAUCAGUCUCAGUGACAACAAUAUCGCAGCUUUUCCAGACAGUGUGAAUAUACUGGACAAUGUGAGUGGUGACGUAAGGACUCCAGAUAAACUAAUAGAUGGCGUCAACAAUACUCAGGACGGCAAAAAUAUGUGGUUAGCCCCAAUGCUACCUGGACUGGUAAAUCGUGUGUACGUCAUCUUUGAUCAGCCAGUAACAGUGUCUAUGAUCAAGCUGUGGAACUACUCCAAGACGCCUCAAAGAGGAGUGAAAGAGUUUGGGCUGCUGGUGGAUGACCUCUUGGUGUAUAACGGCAUCUUGGACAGCGUAAGUCACGUGGCGCAUGGUAUUCUGCCCACAUGUGACCCAGUAGUGCCCUACCACACCAUCUUGUUUACAGACGAUGUCUACAUUGUACACCGUGAGAGGAACACCAUCCUCAGCCCUCAUGGCAACAGACUCCACCAACAUAAUUAUGUGGAAGAUCAGGAUGUGAAGAUGACCAAUGAAAAUCAGAUAGUCCAUCACAGUAAGAAGAAGCCAACAGCAGAUCCAGCUCUCCGGCCUAAAACCUGCAUGACUGACAGCGGGAAGCAUGGAAAGAGGAGGUAAUAACAGCCAAGCAGACAGCUGUGGAUUCAGUAUUCAUACAUGGAGCAGACCUGAAAUAAGGGCACCUGUGGAUGACUGUUGCGCUCCACCUUUCGUUGGGGACUCUUGAAAACCUCUUUUACAUUAAAUCUGGAAGAAACAACGUUUCCAUGGUUUGAUGGCAUCAAGAGGACAUGGCCUAGACAUUGGGUUUACACACACACACACACACACACACACACACACACACACACACACACACACACACACACACACACACACACACACACACACACACACACACACACAGAAUUCCACUUUAUGGUUGGAUUACUCCAUCCUUUGCUGUGGAAACACACACCCACAGAUACAUAUAACCCUGAACCUGUACUGUAUUAUACAUGUUUUCCCUCCCACAGUGCCAGGAGAAUUCUGUGAGGCUGCAUUUUUAUCAGCCUUUUUUGUGCCUAAUACUAAACACUAUAUCUGUUGCUGCUCCUUGUGACUUUUGUGCUGCAUAUUCUAAUGCUACUUGUGACACAUAGCUACACACACACACACAUAUAUAUAUAUAUAUAUAUAUAUAUAUAUAUAUAUAUAUAUAUAUAUAUAUAUAUAUAUAUAUAUAUAUAUAUAUAUAUAUAUAUAUAUAUAUAAUCAAAAACAAAGGCCAGAUGAAUACUCCCACAUCAGGAUCUGGCUAAUUCUAUGUUUAUGAUAGACUUUUUCUCUCCAAUGAUCCUAGAUCAUCAGCUCAUGGAUAUGAAAAUGCCAGUGUACCAACGCUAUGCAGCCACUAAUUUAUAUCUAUUACUAAUUUGUAUAUCUGUUGGCUAAUAUAUUUCAAUGCCUGAUUGUUUUACUUCAAAGAAGUGCUAACAAAGAGGUUUUCAACUUCAUGAGAUUUAUAUGAAUAUAAAAGGAAAAUAAAGUACAAAUUUUAGUGCAUUAUAAAUAAAAUAUUAAUAAAACGCAAACUGAAGUUAUGCAAUCCUUCAAUGUAUAUAUGUGCAUCUAUUUGGCUUCUCAAAAUUAGGUCAGUACAUAUUUUAUUUUAUUUUCUACAUAGCAUUGGGUUAAAAAAAAUGUGUUUGCAAUCCAAGUGACCUUUAUCGAAGUUGCUUUGUGCACAAGAUAGAUUUUGGAGGCAAACAUUUGUUGAGCUGGUAAAGGGGUUUUAGUCAUUUUCAUUGAAAAUGAAAUUAGAUUUAAGUAGUUAAACAAGAAACUUCUAAUAUGCAAAUAAUAUCAAAUUACCUCAAAUUAAAAAGUAGGCCUAUGAUAUUUAAAAAGGGAUGAAUAUAAUUUAACAGUCAUGGUAAUAGUCAGUAGUCUGUGUUGUAUUUUCUGUCACUCAAUAUUUACUGUACUUGUUGCAUGGAAAUGUCCUCAACCACAGGGGUUGUUAUCUUCAGACAUUCAAGCUUUUGUUAGGGGGAAUUUGUAAUUUUUCAUUAGACCGUGGUCAAAUUGAUUUCAUAUUCCUUACUUGUGUUGUGUAUGAAAUGCGGUUUGGUGUAUUUAAUUUCAGUAUGUCUAACAGGAACAAUGGUCAUUACGCUGAAUAUCGGUUCGACCUUUUGGGACAGUGGCUGCUGUCAUGUUUUACAUUUAGUGUUUUUAAAUAUUUAUUUUUAUAAUCUUUAUUAUAUAUGUAUAUUUGGUGUAGUUUUAUUUGAAUGAGUUUUUUAAAUAUUUGUUUUUAAUCAAAUCAGUUUUCUGAAAAAAAUAUAUAUGUUGUUUCAAACCUUUUUCUCCAGAUGGCAGGACUGAACAGUGUCAACACAUCUAAAUGAUUGAAUCUGUUGAUCUAACACACUAUUGAUGAUGAUUAUUCAUUAUUCUCCGAUGGAAAGAGGAACAUACACAAAACAAUCAACCUCAAUAAAUAUAUCCUGAGACUUUUUAAUGCAGAAUCAGCUGUAUAUUUCAUGGUAUUUGUAAGGAAUGACCAGUUUCAGUGUGCUCCUGUGGCACAGCGUUAGUAGUGGAGAAGUGAUGGCGGAGCACCACCUUUACAAACAUUUAGCUGAACAGAUUACAUCUUUACAGACACAUCGCUUUAGUGAUGGCAGACUCAGAUUUUUCCUGGAAAGUUUCCCUCUCCUCUCUGGUCAUCCCAUUUCUGGACCUAAAAAAGAAAAUUGACCAAUUAGUCAAAUAAUCCUCCUAUGAUAAAUGUAAUACAUUUAGCAGCAUGUAAUGAAAAAGUCACUUUGCUCUUAAACCAUAUUGUUGUUUUUAAUGAAGAAAAAGAGCUUCUGCUUUAUUUUUGAUUGGGUUCCGAGGUACAACAGGCACUAAAGCCAGCUGAGAGAAGAAUGUGAGGGAGUUUUACUCUGUGUUAUGUAUCCUUUACUUACUGUUAAGAAACGGCACCAACACUAUGUCCUUUUUGAAUAUAUGAAGGCGUCACACGUAGUUAAAGAAAAGUGAUAAUGAUAAUUGAUGUUCAACAAACAAGAUUUUCUUCAAAUGAUACUCUUGGGUGUCUGAAGUUACGACUGUCUUAAAAACUCCGGGGUCCGUUACUCAAAGCUGGUUAUUUAGAAACUCUGAGUAUGUGGGACCUGAACUCAGGGAAACUCAGAGUUUCUGUCUCACAAAAUGAGGCAACGUAACCCCGAGCAAGAGGGUUCAGUUGAGGAGGUUUCAGAAAAUGACGUAACUCAUACUCAGAAUAUGUUACUAUGGUAACUGAACUAAACCUGGUCAAAUAUAACGCACAUUUUUGAGACAUCUGAGUGAUGACAUGUCGCAUUUGCAUCAGGAAAGAAUACUGAUGAUCAGAAUAGACAGUUUAAUGUGGUCAAACCUAGUAACCACACAUUCAUCAAGUAAUUAACAUGAUUUAAUAUUAAUUGUUUAAAAUAACUGUAUUAAUAUCCUGCUCUGUUUUGUGAAUAACGAAAUGUCCCUUUACGAUCUACCAGCGUGACUGGAGGCAUUGACUGCACCCAUAUUCCCAUAUAGGCUCCUGGCAUGAUUUUCCCUUUUGAUUUUUUUUUUUUUUUUUCAUCCAAAAUGUUUUUAAAGACAACACAACUGAACCUGCAAGUUGUGACAUCACAGAGGCCGAUCUAGAGCAGCCUAACCAUCCUCACAUCAACCUAACUUCACAUGAUCCUACAAAUGCUGCACCAAACAACAACAAAGCUGCUACACUAAUUUAAAAUAAACCAAUCGCAGGUGUUCAGAUAUAAUUAGAGGGGUUUAUUGUAUAUCUGGUAUUCAAGCAAAGCAUACCACAGCAUUCAUAAAUAGCUAAAAAAAAUUGUGUCUGCUUUUGAAAAAAGAUCAUAAUUUCACCUCUGAAACGAUGUGGAAGAGCUCAAAACCAUUUUUUACUCAAUUUAGAUUAACUUGGUGAGAAUCUAAUCUAAUGUCCAUGUUUUUAUUCUCUAGACUCGGCUGAGACUCAGGAAUGUGAGGAAUGAUCAAGUUGUUUGAAAAAAACAAGGGACAGUUUAGUCUGCCAUUACUCUUGAACUUGCUAAUGACUUUAAAAGUGGCUUGUCUCCUGAAAAGGUUAAAUCAAUGUGGAAUAUAUUUACCCAGGCGAUGGGGCAGAGAGAUUUGUAGACCCUCUUGUACCAAUCACAAGGGGCAUUCUUCACUCCUUUAGCAUUGAGAGCUUUCUGGCAGCGAUGGAAGUCUAUUAAUAGAGACACAACAACAGUGGAUAUGACAUUAACAUUGUCGCUGACCCUCAACUAACCCCAACCUGGAUUAACUCCAGGUCAGAGUUCAGAGGUUUGCAGCAUUAAAAAGACCAAAGCUACGCUGUGUUGGUGUCAUGACUUCAUCAGACAUUGAUUAUACACAGAGAAAUAUCCAACACAGCAGUGAAGUACUUUGACCCUGUGUUGUAGUCUUACCCAGGUAGUUGGACCAGCAGUUCCUGGUCUGGUUCGUGUUGGGGAAUCUGGUAUCAAAGGGAGCUGUACGGUAGUUCCGAAGUUUGGCCUUAAUGUCCUCAGCCAUUUUUAUUUUUUUACUUCUGUCAAGAGAAUAUCAUCAAUGGAUAUCCUUAAAUUAAAAAGAUAAAUAAUAGAAAGAAGUGUUUUUUUUCUCCCAUUAGCUUCUGACACUCUUUCUAACAAUGCACUUGACAUUUGUGUUUGUCAGAGACCAGCCUAUUUAAAGCCUCUGCUUGCAGAUAAAAUGUAGUGGCUACAAGCUGAGCAGAGAAUACAUCAGAAGAGGAGGGGGUUGUUUUUUGUUUUUUCCCCUUUUCUUUUUUGGGGUGCUGCACCUAAAGCACUUAAAUGCGGUGCUGUCGUCGAAUAGUUCCUUUACCGAGAUAUCUGCAGUAAACACCGUCGGUUACCAAAAGUAUGAUAAUAUCUUAUAUUAGACAUGUUAAAAUCCAGAUAUGGGAGAAAAACAUAAGUAUGUUUUAAAUGAUAUUGGCAGACGUUAUAACGAUUAAAAUCUCCUCGUCUUCCCUAUAAAGGCAUUUCCUUAUGACUGAGCCAGUUUCCCUUUAUUUUUCAAUAAAUAGGCAACACUGUUAAUUCUCUUUGUUUCUUCUUUUUUUUUUUUAACCAAUGUACUUUUGAAUACAGUGUCGCAAAAAAAAAAAAGUAUUUCCAAAUAAUGUAUUUUUUUUUUAACGCACCACCUGAAUAAUUGUAAUGCCUUAUCUCGUAAAGCAGCCUUUACAGUAACAUGUGUGAGCCUUUCAGAUGCGCGCCUGCGUCUGAAUAAUGACUGCAUAAAUGAAGAAAGAUGUGCAGGUCACCGUUACCUUCUCCCCGCAGCUGCUGGAGCUCCAAGUGACUUGAUACCGGCGGUGAAAGUGCGCUCGUCCUGUGAUCGCAGCGCUGCGUGCGCCUGCGUUCCGCUCGGGAGAUGCAGCCGUGCUGAUCUAUAAUGAGGGCAUGGCGGACUCAGGUCACAUUGAAAUGACAGGACUCGGUACACUUUAUACCGCCUUCAACACUCAGGCCUGAAUGAAAGCUUGAGUGAUGAUUUGAGGGGAGAUAUAUGGCAUUAUUCUUAUUAUUAUUUUAGCCUAUUGUUCUGUUCUACAGGCACAUUUUUAUUUUUAUCAUGGCUGAAGUACUUUGUCCCUUGGUAUUUUUGUCAAUGAUUAACAGGUGUUUGCAUGGUGUUUUUCAGAUGAACUUGAGUCGUAUAUAUGAGAUGUUUUAUUUUUGGAAAUAUCCACCUAAAACAACCCACAAAUAAUACUUGAAUGUUUGUAAAUGUCGUGUUUGGUCAAAUACGGAAAGCUCUCUGGAAUGAUGUGAAGAGGCACAGAGGUCAGUGUUUCAGGGGCCGAUCAAAUGUACUUCAGGUUGUUAGGGAUGCAGUCAAGGAAGCUGGCUGGCCCAUACAUGGGAGAGGGCUUCGUGGACUGUUUAACACACUCAGGACAUUAGAAAAAACAAAAAACCAACCCUAGCACUAGUAUGGCAGCAGCUGUGUCCAACUGGACUCUCAGCAGUCUGACUAUAGUUCUUAUAAUGCUGGAUCCUCCGAUGUGAUUUCUUGCUUGUGUUCUCUCUGAUGUAAGUCGCUUUGGAUAAAAGUGUCUACCAAAUGACAGUAGUACAGUGUUUCUCAAUCCUGGUCCUCGUGGGCCCCUGUCCUGCAUGUUUUAGAUGUUUCCCUGCUUCAGCACACCGUGAUAAAAGUACCUGUGUCAUCAACAGAAUUGUGCAGACCUUGGUGACAAGCUAAUUAGGACCAUUAAUUAGAAUCUGGUGUGAUGAUGAAGGGAAACAUCUAAAACAUGCAGGACAGGGGCCCACGAGGACCAGGGCUGGGAAACACUGAUUUAACAGACGCUUUUAGAGAACAAACACAGUAGUAGUAGUAGUAGUAGUAGGAUUUUGAUAUUUUUCGGGAGCAUUAAAGUAGAAUAAUUUGGAAUAAUCUGUCUUUGGAAAUUAG